CCGCGGUUUUUCCGCCUUUCCGACCGGACCACACCAGCCAGCCAGCAGCGGGUGACUUCACUCUUGGCUUCGUCACUUACCUGAACACUAAUCAGGAAGAAGUCUGUUUGCCAAUUUGCUACUAUCACCAUUGAUCUGCUCAAUAAAGUCUACUACAACUAUCCUUGAAUUGCGUCAUCCAUAAUCCCUUGAUCAUCAACAAUCACUGCCCCGCCCGCACUUGAGACCCCGCCGGUGAAUUCAUUCCUGCUUUCCACCUCGUAUAUCACGUAUCUAUCGCAAACAACCAAUCGGAACACUUCGAACAGCGGCGUUCUCUCAGCUCAAGACACAACAUGUCUGAUCAAAAACCCAGAAACCCCAGGGUGAUCUCGCGAUGCCCAUUGGAUGGCAAAGAAGCCGAAUGGAAACGACUCGUCAAGAUCACAUAUGCGGACCCGAACGGGGUUGCGCGGACGUGGGAAGCCGCGGAGAUGCAGACUCGGCCGAAAGACAGCAUCAUCGACGGGGUCAGCAUCGUGUCCGUGUUGAAUCAACCGGCCGGACCAGAACUGCUCCUGUUGAAGCAAUACCGGCCUACGCUCGACAAGGUCGCGAUAGAGUUACCAGGUGGGCUGAUCGAUGCGGGGGAAACGCCUGAGCAGUGUGCGGUCCGGGAGCUGAAGGAGGAAACCGGGUAUGUUGGGGUUUUCGACAGCCGUACAGGUGUCUUGUUCAACUCGCCCGGACUCAGUAAUAACUGUUUCAACCUCGCAUAUGUCAACGUGGAUCUCUCCCUGCCGGAGAAUCAACACCCUGUUCCCGAGCGGGAAGAAGACGAAUUUAUCGAGUGCUUCAGCCUGCCGCUCAGGUCUCUCUUCUCGGAGAUAAAGCGACUAGAAAGUGAAGGGCACGCGAUAGAGACACGAGUCGUGGCUCUGGCCGAGGGGAUCGAAAUGGCACGGAGAUGGGUAUUGUAAAUCUGUUUAUUUCAAUCAAGAUAAUCACCAUAAUAAAUGCAAAAUAG